AUGGUGGAGGAUAUUUGGAACCUGGAGUUUAGGACAGAGGAUGAGACUUGCCAAUUUUAUAACGCUUAUGCUUGUUGGCAUGGAUUUGUAAUGAGGAAGGAUGACAUCGUUAGAGAUAACGAAGGUAGAAUCAUUUGCAGGCAACUUGUUUGCAAUAAGGAGGGCUGGAGGAAUAUGAGGUAUCUUGAUCUGGAUGAUAGAUUAAGGGAGGCAAGGUCACUCACGCGAACCAAGUGUUCAGCUCGGCUUAGGGUAAAGCAUGACUACGGCUGCGGAAGAUGGAAGGUAUCAUAUUUUGUGGAAUCUCACAACCACGAUAUGACCGCCCCACCCCAAUUUGUGUAUCUCGUUUCGGCCAAUCAUCGUCUCACUGUUAUUGAUAAAGUCCAAGUGAAAAAUCUUCAUAAUUUUGGUGUCAAGACGUGCUAUAUUAUAGGAUAUAUUGCGUUCCAGAAGGGUGGAUAUCAUCAUGCUAGCUUCACACGCAAAGAUUUGUACAACCACAUUGAUUGUUAUCGUAGAUCAAAAGUAAAAAAUGGGGAUGCCAAUGCGGCGAUAAAUUAUUUGAUUAGCAAGUUAAACAACGAUCCACUGUUCUUUGGGAAGUAUACGUUCACUAGUGACGAAGGGCUCGAGCAUAUUUUUUGGGCAGAUGGGCAAUCAAUUGUUGAAUAUCACUGCUUUGGAGAUAUUGUUGCCUUUGAUUCAAUGUACAAGAAGAAUAAAUACAACAAACCUUUGGUCAUUUUCUCCGGAUGCAAUCAUCAUGGGCAGAUUGUUAUCUUCGACUCCGGCCUACUAUCUGACGAAACCACAGACACGUAUAAGUGGUUGUUGGAAACGUUUGUUGAAUCGAUGGGUGGAAAAAGUCCUAAAGCAUUAAUAACUGAUGGAGACCUUGCCAUGCGAGAUGCAAUCAAGAAUAUUCUUCCUAAUGCGACCCAUUGGUUAUGCGGAUGGCAUCUUUAG